ACUAUUUUAGUCUUUUCUGCGCAUGUCAAGGCUUUUUGUCCCUCGGCGGACACCGUUUCCUAACCAAGCCAUGUCUGCGCUUUCGCCGAUUCCGUAGCGUGCGGAGUUCUACCCUUUCCCCAGUCGCUUGGCAUGGCGAGCCGAAGGGCCCGGCAGCGCCUCAAGGGCGGCGGCAGCGGCAGCGGCGGGGACGCGGGCCCGGCCGUGGAGAAGCUGCGGGAGCUGCUGGGCAGCCGGGAAGCAGGCAGCGCGGAACAGCGGCCAGAGUCUGGAAAUAAAGCAGGGCAAGUCUGGGCCCCCGAAGGAUCCACUGCUUUCAAAUGUCUGCUCUCAGCAAGGCUGUGUGCAGCUCUUCUGAGCAACAUCUCUGACUGUGACGAAACAUUCAACUACUGGGAACCAACACACUACCUCAUCUAUGGGAAGGGGUUUCAGACGUGGGAGUAUUCCCCGGUGUAUGCCAUUCGCUCAUAUGCUUACCUGUUGCUGCAUGCCUGGCCAGCUGCAUUUCAUGCACGGAUUCUGCAGACUAAUAAGAUUCUUGUCUUCUACUUUCUGAGAUGUCUCCUGGCUUUUGUGAGCUGUAUUUGUGAACUUUACUUUUAUAAGGCUGUGUGCAAGAAAUUUGGGCUACAUGUGAGUCGAAUGAUGCUGGCCUUCUUGGUGCUCAGCACUGGCAUGUUUUGCUCAUCAUCUGCAUUCCUUCCUAGCAGCUUCUGCAUGUACACGACAUUGAUUGCUAUGACUGGAUGGUAUAUGGACAAGACACCCAUUGCUGUGCUGGGAGUAGCAGCUGGGGCUAUCUUAGGGUGGCCAUUCAGUGCAGCCCUUGGUUUACCCAUCGCCUUCGACUCACUGGCCAUAAAACACAGAUGGAAGAGUUUCUUUUGUUGGUCACUGGUGGCCCUAAUUCUUUUCCUGGUGCCCGUGGUGGUCAUUGACAGCUACUAUUAUGGGAAGUUGGUGAUUACACCUCUCAACAUUGUUCUGUAUAAUGUCUUCACUUCUCAUGGGCCUGAUCUUUAUGGUACAGAACCAUGGUAUUUCUACUUAAUCAAUGGAUUUCUGAAUUUCAAUGUUGCCUUUGCUUUGGCUCUUCUGGUCUUGCCACUGACAUUUCUCAUGGAGUACCUGCUGCAGAGAUUCCACGUUCAGAAUUUAGGACAUCCAUAUUGGCUUACCUUGGCACCAAUGUAUAUUUGGUUUAUAAUUUUCUUCAUCCAACCUCACAAAGAGGAACGAUUUCUUUUCCCAGUAUAUCCACUUAUAUGUCUCUGUGGAGCUGUUGCUCUUUCUGCACUUCAGAAAUGUUAUCACUUUGUGUUUCAACGAUAUCGCCUGGAGCAUUACACUGUGACGUCCAGCUGGCUGGCAUUAGGAACAGUCUUCCUGUUUGGGCUCUUGUCAUUCUCUCGCUCUGUGGCUCUGUUCAGAGGAUAUCAUGGGCCCCUUGAUUUGUAUCCAGAAUUUUACCGAAUUGCCACAGACCCAACCAUCCACACUGUCCCAGAAGGCAGGCCUGUGAAUGUUUGUGUGGGAAAAGAAUGGUAUCGAUUUCCCAGUAGCUUUCUUCUGCCUGAUAACUGGCAGCUUCAAUUCAUUCCAUCGGAGUUCAGAGGUCAGUUACCAAAGCCUUUUGCAGAGGGACCACUGGCCACUCGGAUUGUUCCUGAUCACAUGAAUGACCAGAACCAAGAGGAGCCUUCCAGAUAUAUUGACAUCAGUAAAUGCCAUUACUUAGUGGAUUUGGAUACCAUGAGAGAAACACCUCGAGAGCCAAACUAUUCAUCCAACAGAGAAGAAUGGAUCAGCCUGGCCCACAGACCAUUCCUGGAUGCAUCUAGGUCUUCAAAGCUGCUUCGAGCAUUCUAUGUCCCCUUCCUGUCAGAUCAGUAUACGGUAUAUGUGAACUACACCAUCCUUAAACCUCGGAAAGCAAAGCAAAACAGGAAGAAAAGUGGAGGUCAGCAACAUCCCGUGGCUCCAAUGGACAGCCAUCGUGUUAACUAGUGGUUCCGCUGAGCUGACGUCCGGUCAUCACAUAAUGCUGUAAUAAAGGUCACCUGACAAGAAUACCAGAUUCCGGGGUGCUUUGAGCUCGUCACAUCUGUGGCAGAGUCACACACUUUCUGCCCCUGUGUCUGUUCUGCAUGUAGGCAGUCUGCAGCUAGGCAGAGUCGCAAAGGCCUGGGGAGACAGAUCGCUGCACUUCUCAUUGUUUUCUCUGUUCAAUUAUUUACCAGAGGGGAGGAGAGCAGAAUCUGCCUACAGGAAGAGCUGAGAGCCUUGACUAGGGGUGUGUGUUAGCUACUCUCCACACUCUGGCCUGGCGUUCGGAAACUAGCAAGCCUGCCUUAGACCACAUGGUUUCUCCACAAAAGCUGUUUGGCAGCUCCUAGCAGACCUUGUUCAAAUCCUAGUGUUGAAAAGCGCAGCCUCAUUGCCAACCGACAUGUCCUUUCACCUCCAGCAGGACUGAGCUUCUAAAAGCAUUCACAGGCCUAUGAUCCUGGCCUUGAAGCUCAGGAAAGAGGCAACCACUGAAGAACUGUGACCUAAUUUUAUUAUUUAUGGCACCUCUAAUUUUCAUUUUAUUUUAUUUAAAACCAGUUUUAAUGAUAUGACUACUUGGGAGGGAUUUUAAGAUUUUAAAAGUUUCAGCAUGAUAUAUGUUGAAUUCUAGGCUCUGUACAAAGAUAACUAUAUUGGGCAUCUUUGGGGAAAGUUUAUCAAUAGAUUUGGUGACAUCACAUUUUAAAGUAGUCUGAGGCCAUUUUGGGGACUGAGAAUUCCAUUGUGUAAAAUGACAGCCCCAAUGAAAUGAAAAGGACAGUGUGCAUAUGUAGUACCCAUACUUCAGUUCUUCUGCAGGGUGUCCUUGGGUGGGCGUGUCUAGUAGCAUAGGCAGUGGUAAGCAGUACUGACAGGUAAUAAGCCUGCUGUUACUUCCCCUCCCUUACAGUAUGGCACAGUGUCUCAUUUGAUCCUUGCAAACACUGUGAGGACCAACCGCACAGAAGAGGAAGCAGAAAAAAGUGGAGAAGUAGCUUGUGCAGUGUCAUAUGUGUGGGCAGUAAGUCAUACACCUGGGAGAAGAAUCCAGGCUCUCUGACUUCUGCUUUCGAGACUGUCUGUGCCUCUCUACUUGUCUGUGAAACACUACUUGACAGGAGGAUUAGGCUGACCCCAGACCAGAUUAGUUCUGUCCGUUUCUAUUUUCAGGAAGAUUUUUAGGUACAGUUCUUUGAGUUCUUUGGAGCCUGUGGGUGAUCCCUUCUUAGCAGUCCUGUGUGGUAUUGCCAGACCUCGGUUGGAAAGUCCUUGCUUUGUAAUCCACAGGAUCUUGUGUGUACAGUGCCACUGUUGUCCCUGUGGGCCAUGUUACAGGUGCCUUAUUUGCUUAAGGGUGACAGGUUCUAGUAGUGCAGAGGUAGAUCUGAUUUUCACGGUUUCCAUUUUUCUUUUUCCCUUUUUUUUCUUUUUAAGGAAAAUAACUUUAUAAUGUGAAUUAGUCCUAAUAAAAAGAAUAAAAAAGACAGAAAAAUAAGUAGGUGAAUGAAAAUAUUUACUCUUGGGGGUUCCCCUUUAAAUGAAUAUCUGAUUGGAGUUGAAUGAAGCAGAGGUAAGGUAGUAGGUCUAGACAUACAGAAUGACAACUGGACAGGAAAGAGGCUGCAGCCCUACUGGUGACUAGUCCCUAAAAUUGAGUUCUCAGUGUCUGAUCACCAUUUUCCAAGGCUAAUAGUGGGAAUGUGAUCUGAAGAACAGAACUGUAGUGAAGCAUAUUUUAGAAGCCAAGGCAUUGCAGGAUGCACACAAGAGUUGAUAAUGGAGCUCACCGAAGACUGACUCUUUUCCAAUCGAAGUUCAGAACUAGGGGUUUGGCUGAGUGGUAGAGCACAUGUUUACCGUGCUUAAGGCGCUGGGUUCAGUUCUUAACACAUGCAACACCCCUCUCCCGCAAAUGGCACAAUGUCGAACCAUUUGACAUCUUACAUGUCUGAAACAAAUGUAAAGAUCCUCUAACGGUGCCUGGCAUGAACCUUGGCCUCCACGUGUGCAUGUGCUUGCACUCACAUGUGCACACAUGGUUGUUUGAAUAAGAACUUAAGUAUAAAGUAGCACAAAAAGGCCAGAUGGUAUAGAGAUAUCUUGAGAAUAUCAGUUUCUGUCCCUUUAAAAAACCUCACUCUGGUUUUCUCUAUUCUGUUUUCUGAUGAGAGCACAGUACAUCUUGGACACUAUGCCAAGUACCUUUUAGCAACAUAGGGUUAGCUGCCUCUGGGAAAAAGGCACCUGGUUGGUCAGUCCCACAUCUUCACCAAAGACUUGUGCAUACACCGCUGCUCGGUCCCAGACUAACUUGUAGAUUGUUGCUGCAAGGAAUGAGCUCCACACAUGAUUCGCAGUCUCCUGUGUGGGCGGAACAAGGUAGUGGGUAGACUUGGCAAACUCGGACUUCUUUGAUCUCUAGCCCUAAAGCAGUCUUAUCUGAACCUAAAUCUGUAACACUGAGUACCAUUAUUGACCCAGUCUGUGUGAUAGUUAACAAAAUCUGCCUCCUGCCUUUCUUAUCAUCUGAUAAAAAGACAGGUUAUCUUAAUCUCUUUGGGUAAGUGCAGAAAACUGCCGCCUGUACUCCUUAUUACUAAGUUCAGGCUUGCAGCAGGCAUGGUUUUAAAUGAAGGUGGUUACUGAUCCCUAUCCUUUUCUUUCGGUCACUGUGUCCUUCCUUGGGUAAGGAUUCCAAAUACUCCCUUCCCCAGUGGGAAUCCUUUCUUAUGUGUUGUGCUUCCUGGGACAGAGUGAUGAGGGUCACCAUGGCUGGAUAGCUGUCCAGCUAACACCAGACAUCUUGGCUUUUCCUGUAGUUAAUUUUGUUUUCUUUAAAGAGGAAAAGAGGCAAUUAAAUCACCGCCUCUCCAAAUGCCAGAAAGCUUACAUGGGAGUCUACUUUUAGGCUCCCACAUUGAAUUCCUCAGGUAAAUGGGUGACGUGGGCGUGUGUUCAGCUGUGAUGGUUUUGUAACAGGAAGAUCAAGGCAUUGAUUGGGCUUCAGGGGCCCGCUGGAGUAUCCAUAGAUCUGAAUGUUCCUUUAAAUGUCCCAGUCUCUGUAACCAUGGGACUCUUGAUGCAGAUGAAACCAGUGCCAUCCAGUUCACUGUCUUCCUGAUUUGUGCUCUUUCAUGUGUCAGUGUUUACAUUACUUCCUGUGUAUUCCUGUGAAGGAGAAAGUUAAUAAAUUUUGUCAGUUUGA